AAAACCCUCCCGAAACGUAGACAGACCUCUUUUCCCCCUCCUCCUCUGGCGAUUUGUCCUUUCUAGGGUUUAUUUGUUUACCAUCGAGAAACCCUAAAAUCACUCUCGAGUCAACUUCCCUUCAAUUCUCCAUCCCUAAAAGGCCCUAGAACCAUCCUCCACCUCUCUCUUUCUAGGGUUCCUCCAAACCCUCGACGGAUCUCUUUGCUCACUCACGUGUGGUGUUCAACCAACGGUUUUCGAACCACAGGUGAGCGUUUCUAUCUCACACAAUAAUUGGUUCUAGGGCCUCCUUCAUCAACACACGUGUUUAUAGUUCUUGUUUAUCGAACCAGUCUUUUGUGAAUUCUUGAAUAUUGUUGGGAAAUUUGAAAUUUUUUUUUCCCCGUUUCGAAGCCCUAAAUGAUACGUGGGAUUGAACAUGAGCGAUGGAGGAAGUAAAGCGGAGGGGAAGAAGAGAGAGGAGAGAGAGAAUGGAAACGAGUUCGGCAGAGAGGUGUCGCGGAUCGCCGUGGCGCAGAUUUGUCAGAGCGUAGGGUUUGAGAGCUUCAAUGAUUCGGCUCUGGAAGCUCUGACGGACAUUACGAUUAGAUAUUUACGAGGGUUAGGGAAGACGGCAAGUUUUUAUGCCAAUUUAGCUGGUAGGACCGAGUGCAAUGUGUUUGAUGUUAUUCAAGGGUUAGAAGAUUUGGGUUUAUGUAGGGGUUUUUCGGGUGCUUCUGAGGUAAGUCAUCGUUUAACGGGUUCAGGUACAGUGAGGGAGGUUAUUGAGUAUGUGGGUGCUGCUGAGGAAGUCCCGUUUGCUCAGCCAGUUCCGAAAUUUCCGGUGACGAGAAACCGGUCUAUGACACCUAGUUUUACGCAAAUGGGUGAAACGCCGGCAUUCAAGCACGUUCCAGCUUGGUUGCCGGCGUUUCCUGAUCCUCACACGUACAUACACACGCCCACUUGGAAUGAAAGGGCGACAGAUCCUCAUGCUGAUAAGAUUGAACUAGCUAGGCAGAGAAGGAAAGCAGAGAGCUCUUUGUUGAGUUUGCAGCAACGGUUGGUGUGUAAUGGUUCUGCAGUAGCUAACACUUCUGUACACGAGAGUGAUGAGGGGAAGGCAUUAAAAGUUGCCAAAACUGGCAGCAACCCUUUUCUUGUUACGCCUCUUCAAGCUGGAGAGAGAGAUGUUUCCCAAGUUACUCUGCCAGCUAAUCUUUCUGCCAAUGCUGUUCCCGGAAACCAUGGUUCUGUGUUUGACACUUCUGUUCCUCCUCUAGCUGAAGAGAGAGAUUUUCCAGCUGUUCCUCCGCCAGCUAAGCUUUCUGCCGAUGCUGUUCCUGGAAACCAUGUUUCUGUGUUAGACACAUUUGCUCCCGCCAUUGAAGCAAUGAAGCUUUCUGCCGAUGCUGUUCCUGGCUCUUCUGAUUCUGGUGAUGUUGAUAAAAAGGUUAUUGCAGACAAGAGGCCUGCUGUUCGUUUGAAAUUCAGAAUUGGGAAGAGAAUAUUAGGCGAGUCUCUAGAUUUGAGUCUUCAGAACAGAAAUAAUGGGAUAGCAGCAGCCUGGAUCGUGCGAGAAGAUGAAAGGGAUGACAAGAAAAGGAGAGCUGGGUUAAUUCUUAGACAAUCUAUGGAAAACCCACUGGAGCUCACUCAGUUGUAACCUUGAAAUUAGUGAAUGGCAUGUUUGAUGGAAGUCAUUCCAUUCUUCAGAUAGUUAGCAGAUGGAGCUGAAAUGUUAAAGGCAUGUUGUCAUGUGGCGCUUGUUCUGAGAAUUCAGAUGGAAGAUUCAUAUUGUCCUAUAGCUGAAAACAUUUUUUUAAGGUAUGCUACUGCAUGUUCCUAUCUGGCUGUAGCUUUGUUGUGCAGACAAUUCUUUGAUAAAUAAAGCAUCCCAUUUUAUCUGCUCUCCAAUGAGGAACAGAUGCCUGUAGUUCUGUGUUUCAUUUCCAUUGCACUGUUUCCUCACAUAUCAUACCAUGGUUCAGAGCCAAUUAAACGAGAAUUCUUACUUUACUUUUGUAUUUUUUCGUGGUUGGGGGAUUGGAUUCUCUCCUACCCAUGUUUGGACUGGAUGGGACAGCUCGAGCGAGCAGAUUUUGACACAUCAGCCCUGUUUAAAAGAGAGGGGCCCAGAUUUGGCCAUGCCUAAUUUCCCUCAAAACUUGGUCGCUUGCUUGGACGGAAGAUACCCUAACAGCCCUUGGCAGUUAGUAAGAUGGACGAACAAUAUCAUAUUCAGGCAGUUCGUAACCUCCGUCUUGAAUAAAAUUCUUUGGAGCUCAUUUGCUUCGCAUGGUACGGCCAAGACACCCGGCUGAUCAAAUCCAAAUACUCGUUCGGCUUCUUCGAGUAACUUGACGAAGGGAGGAUAUCGAAGAAAACUGAAGGCAACCAAGAACUUUUUUUGCUUCACCACUGCCAGGAGCGAACACAGGGAAGUGGCCUUGUCGGUGAACUUCAUCCUCGAUCUUCUAUGUGCCGUUGCAGUCUCUGGUGUCUUGGUAGAGAAAGCAGCUACUUACUUGGACCUGCAAUCUAGACUGACUCAUGUACUUCGAUUUAUUACUUUGCAUCUCGUUCUCCACCAAAUCCAAUAGAGGGUACUCUUGUCAGUGUUUCUCUUUUUGUUUCUAUUGGAAAGUUUCUGUUGUACCAUUUAUAGAUUCAUUUGUAGCUGAAAGUGGUAAAGCUCAUUUAAUGUUCACCCA